AUGGCACCAACCGAUAGAAGAACAAAUAAAACGAGGUUCUUAGCGUAUGGUGUUGCAUUGACUGUAGCAGUCGGUACGUCUGCAUGGUUAUUAUGGAAGUCGUCAAGGGAAGAAGAUGACAUCAAGGCAACAGAACCUACACACAAAUAUAAAUCUAAAUGUAUUAUAAUGACAAAGACGAUAUCAGAAUUGCAGGAUAUAAAAUGGGCAUCAAUUCUGAAAGAUCCAAGCGUUGUGGUAAUUGUUGUACCACAAGCAGAUUUUCCACAAUUGGCCUAUCCAAACCAGAUAAUCGAUAGCGAAGAUCUAUUUAAGAUAAUCCAUUGCGAUACUGACGGGGGAGUAUGGGCCUGUGUAAAAAGUUUAAAGAAGGAUGAACUAGUUUUGGUUUCACGAGAUUUGGAACACGAAAUUCCGGAGGAUAUAAUACGCUAUGUGAAACAUAUCAAGGACAUUAAAGAUACAUCUGAAAUUGUAUCAUAUUUGAAUAAUUAUAUAUCGUAG